AUGAAUUUUUUUAAAAAUAGGAGGUAUUGCACUGCGGUUAAUGUUAAACCAAAAUCUUCUGAAGUAUUAACGUCUUAUAUAAAACAAACUGGCGAGCCACCUUGGACAUCUUAUUUUGUAAGAUAUAAAGAUGUUAUUAAUGAUCAACACGGUAUGUCACAUUUUAACUGGAAUGUCGGUCGUAGUAAUUAUACAAUAUUAAGAACCGGCUGUUUUCCUUUUAUCAAGUAUCAUUGUACUAAAAGCCCUAUUAGGGAUUUGAAAAUAGAAGAUGUUUUUUAUCGUGUAAUAAAAAUUAUUAAUUUCGCUGCUCUGUUUUUAAUAAAGCAUAAAGAAGCUGUAUUUGUUAACAACACAACUGUUAACAUUUAUUUUUUGAUAAAAGAAAAUACUGGUUCUCCACAUUGA